AUUUCAAUCGAUUUUUACUUUAUGAUCACAGCUAGUUGAAGAAUAGAGAAACCAAAUAUGGUUUUUAAGCAAAAUUAUAAAAAAUUGAAAUAAAAAUGCCUGAAGUACAUGUCAAACAAUGCGAGGAUGCCGAUAUAAGGCCGGCAACGACAACACGACACACAACUACAAGAACAAAUGGCAAUUAUCCAAAUGAAUUACUAGCUCAAACCAAGUGGAACAGAUCUACUUCACUUACUAAAGAUGUAAAUGAUUUGCAUUUAAGAAAUCGCCAACUUGAUUAUGAUAUAAUUGAAAAUUUCCCUUUAGAUAAUCAUAAUGAUUGUAAUUCAAAUGUAGUCGUUAACGAGCGAAAUUUCUGUUGCUCAUCUUGCAUCCCAUCAAGAACAAAAUGUUCUUCGUGUUGGCAUUUGAAACGUAAACAUAUUAUUAAAAAGAGUUCUUUUGCUUCAGCUAAAAAUAAAACAAAGAGUUUGAAUGAGCCACUACCACACUUGGCUAGAUACCAAACGAAGAAAUCCAUCUCGUUACCGGCCACACCGAAUUUAAAUCAUUUACGCAAAACGGUGCCGGUCCAGACAUAUCGUAAAUUGACAUUGGAUAAGCAAAGUUUUUCACCCAUUUCAUCGAGUUGUGAUAAUAAUUAUGCCAAUUUAAUGGAGAUUUUAGAGAAAUCAUCAUCGAUGUUUUUGCAAAAUGACGAUCAUAUGAAAUCGAAAGAGAAAUUUUCGCUAAGAAAUUUAGAAAAAUUCUCAGACAAAACAAAUCAUUUAAAUAAUAAUAAUAAUAAUAAUAAUAAUGAUAAUGAUAAUGGCGUUCAAAUACGUGUCGACACUGUCAACAUGAUGGCAACCCAACAACAACAACAACAAGAACAAGAACAAAAACAACAAGAAGAAAAGCAAUCACAACAACAACAAUCCCAGCAGAAACAGCAAAUUAGAGCAACAUUUGUUGGCCGUCCACCUCAAAGUAGAACAAAGACUGAAGAAAAUUCAGCCAUGUCGCCUACCGCGAAACGAACCCGAACGCAUCGUUUAUUCUCUUGUCAGCAGUGCUGUGAAAAUAUAAGUGUGAGCACGUUGAGUGCACAGGAGAUGAAAAAAUUCAGCCAGUGCCGUCAUCAGCAAAAGACAAACGCCGCAAAUGACUUGGAAAGAUUUGAGCGAUGCGAUAGUGAUUCAGUCUCUGAAUUGUCGUCGUAUCGUUUUGUAUCGGACGAGGAUGAAAGUUCAAGCUUAAGCGUUAACGAUCAACAGCAGCAACGUCAUCAUACGACGUCAGGGCUAACGGGAAUUUUAACUCAUACGUACAGUGAAAGUUAUGUCGACAACGACAGCGAUAUUGUUAAUCAUCACAACGAUACGAAAUCAACGAAUACCAGUCUAAGUAAUAGAGAAAAUAACGAUAGAAACAAUAAUAAUAAUAAUAAUAAUAACGAUUGUGAAAUAAACGGUUUUCCUCAUCAUCAUCAUCAUCAUCAUCAUCAACAUCAUCAUCAUAAUCAUCGAGUAUCAUCGGGUAAUACGCCUCCUCCAAUCUGUUGUUAUACAAAUAAUAAUAAAGCGAACAGCGAUUAUAUUGGCUCGGAUUCUAUAUGUGAUAGCAGUAAUGUAUCAAAAGCAAUUAAUAUACCGUUGAAUCGAAAUAAAAAUAAUAAUAAUACGAAUAAUCGUUUAUCUUCGGAUGAGUACACGAGCGAUGAUUGCUUGCUAUCGACCUCGUUACCACAUCAUUACAGCACAAGUUAUGAUGAAAACAAUUUAUCACGUCGAACAUAUUUACGGAAUUCAUUGAGAUCACGUAAAGAUUAUCAACCACCGCCAAUACCACCGAAACCGGUAUCCAAUCAUUCAAGGUCACCAUCCUACGAUCCACAGAAUUUUUAUCGAAAAUUGCAAAAAUUCGAAACACAAAAUACAUUACAAAAUCAAAAUCAAUUAUCGCGUGCGUUUAACGGUAAACAAGAGCGUUCAAUAACACCCGAUAGUUGUGAGUUAAUACAUUGUUUCGGUUCCGGUAAGAAGCCGCCAAUUAUUAAAAAGCUUAAUAAUAAUAAUAGUAUAAAAGAAGUGCAAGUGCAAGGAAUUUCGAAUGAAAAUAGUCGAACGUAUGAUACUACACCGAUUAAACAAUCUUUGAUUAAUGAUGAAAAUAAUCAUUUAAACUUGAAAAUUAAACCUUUAAACGGAGAGACGACAGUAUUCUCAUCAGUUCAGCAUUCGUCGUCAUCUCCAUCGUCGUCUUCGUGUUCAUCGAUUACACCGAUUUGUACAUUGAAUUCGGCGUCGUUGCAUUCUAAUGCCACGAAACGUACGUUACGUUACGAUAGUCAUGGUCGUUUGAAAGCUUCAUCGUUUAUCUCUCAAUUACCGAUUACAAAUAAUCGUAAACUUUCUUCAUUGGAAACGAGAACAUUGAAAAGUAUCUCUUGCGGUAACGGUACUGGCGUUAUUGUAAAAUUAACGCCUACUUUAGGGCGCAAAUAUAAUUUUUUACAUAACUGUGCGAUUAGCCAUGGAUUACCUGAAGAAACUGAAGAGGAUUUACAAAAUUCAGAAACAGAAACUCAUUCGAUCUCAGCUCCGGAAAGUCCAAAUAAAGCUGAUCAUCUUACGUCGUUAAAUAGAACGCAGCAGCAGCAGCAGCAGCAGCAGGAACAACAUCAACAGAUAUUGCAAGAAAAACUAUUGAAAUCAUUAAAUGAAAAUCAAAAACAAACUAAAACUCAAAGUGCAAUAUUUCUAAAACCUAUAAAUAGUCCUAAUAAUAAUAAUAAUAAUUCAUCAUUCAGUUUUUCAACAUCACCUUUAAGCUCUCCCACUUCACCCAAGCGUUCGCUUUUACCGAAGCAUAAAUCUCAAUCAUCUCCACUGGUAGUCCAUUACGGUACUGCUAGUCCGAUUUGGUUAAGUUCAGAGACAAUAGAAUCUCAAACAUCUUCGCAAAAAUGCUUAGAUGAGAUUCAAUCGAAUUGUAGCGAUCAGACGACAAUAUUUCAUUUCGAUAACGAUUGUUCGUCAUCGUCUUCUCCAUCGUUGCCGUACGUGAAUAAUAAUCAUAGCAAUUUCAAUUCUGGAAAUUUGUUAAGAGGACCGUUAUUAGUGAAACGUAUACCGGCGAUUCAAUCAUUUGGUUACGUACCAACGCUUUCAAGCUCUUUGGAAAGUACUAAUGCACCUGACUAUCUUGAAAAAGAGCCAGGAGUGUUCUAA